AUACCUGCACAUGUACCUGUAUUUUUUAAUUAGACGUGUCCAAAAAUUUUCAAUAUUUUAAAUAAAAGUAUCUUCCUUUUGUAUAGAGGAAAUAGAAAGAAAAAAAAAUAUUCUUUUGUCAAUUAAAUUAUUCAAAUAUACGUAGAAAUAGAUUCAUUCGUAUGCACAGAAUUGAAUAUUUAAUCGAUAUAAAAAUGACAAGGGGAUUCACCUUAUAUAAACAAUUGCUACUUUCACAAUCAACAAAAAUAAUUGAUUUACUAUUAAUAAAUACGACAAUUACGAAAUACAUUUAUUUUAUGUGUAAAUGAUGAUAAUUUUACACGAUGAAACUUACUAUAAAAGUAGAAAACCACAACCGGAUUUAGGCCGGAUUGGAAAUUUAUUGCGAUUCAUUUGGAAUGCUGAGAAAAAGACAGUUUUCGACAGAACUGCAAAAGAAUGGGCAAAUAGAUUGUUGACAGUUCAAUGUGUCGUGUGGACUUCUAAUCUAGUGCAAUCCUCUAACUACUAUUUGGAUUUUCAAAUAAUCAUUGAAAAAUAAUUGGAGGAACUGAAGACAUUAAAGAAAUAUGUUCAAGUUAUUAAAAUAUAACUAAAUAAUACAUUUAGUUAAUUUAGCAUUUAGUAAAGUUAGCAUUAUAUGACUUGGAAACUAGUAAGUAAUAUACAUACGGAAUUUAAAAAAUAAAGUAGUUAAAAAUAAAAAUAAAAUGAUGAUAAAAACAGAAAGAAUAAGUAUCUUCUUUAAUGAACUUGUAAGCACCUUUAAAUUUAUUUGAAUAUUUGUUGCAUAGGAAGGAUCGAAAAAACAAGUUCUUAUCUCGAAUAUGAAACAUUCAACGCGCACAAUCAAUCACGGAUAUGUACCGUAAUGAAAUAGCAUGAAGGUGUAUUAGCGGGCGCAGCACCGAUUGCAACACCAAAUUCCCUACGCAAUUAGAAUAUGUUUUAUCGAUUAGUAACAAAAUUUCACUACUUCGAUACGUCGCGUAUGGAAGAGAAUAAAGCUUCUAUCUUAGAUUUUAAUGAAUAUAACGUAAGUCAACGUUGGAACGUCGAUAAUUGAUAAUAAAAAAGAAGCAUUAAACGUUAGUUUCCGUUCUUAUCUUGUUUCUUUAGGCACGAUUGCAGCACCAUCAGCGGAUUUUCUUAGGUGAUAGAAGCGAAGUGGGGGCGCGAUGGAAGGUUCGCUGUAGUGAUUACGUCGGCAGGAGUGUUGACGUUUAUUUGAAGGAUACGGAAGCUAUGAAUAGUCAAAAAGAAAUAAUUAGUGGAAUAAUAAGGAAUAGAUUUUAGUGACUUAUUUGCAUAUUGGAAUGCUUUAACAAAGGGUGCUUGGUGUGUCUAUUUAAUGACUAUAUGCUACUACUAAACUCGAUGCGCGUGAGGGCUUUGGCUCUAACUGCAACGCGCCAUAUUGGUUUAAGACAAUUGCUCGUGUUAGUGGGGGCCUGACUGAUACAACUUCUCUAUCAAAUCAACGUAGAAUUAUUUAUUUCACAAUCAUGGAGGAAACCAAAAUAAUUUACCAUAUUGACGACGAAGAGACACCUUAUUUGGUCAAACUGACUAUUUCGCCGGAGAGGGUGACUUUGGCAGAUUUUAAAAAUGUCCUCAACCGACCGAAUUACAAGUAUUUCUUCAAAUCAAUGGACGAUGACUUCGGGGUUGUAAAAGAGGAGAUUGUGGACGACGAUGCACAUCUUCCAUGCUUCAAUGGACGAGUAGUCUCAUGGUUGGUUUCUGCUGAAGGCAGUAAUGUAUCGGAUGGUGUUUCACAUUGCACUGAUUCUGUAGCGCAUAGUGAAGUGAAGCACGAUCGCAUUGAUCAUGUAACACCAGGGCAUACAAAUCGUGGUCCACCACCACUUUCGCACGAUGAUACCUUAACAGAAACUGAAAGUAUUAUAAGUAGCCGACAAGGUCAUCAUUUACAUAAAAGUUCAAGACAUCAUACAGACAAAUAUGAAAAAUAUAACAAAUACAAUGGAUUGCGAAUAAAUGGUCAUUCUAAGCAUCGUUCCGGUCAUGGCUAUGAAACUGCCUCUAUAUUGAGCUCAGAUCUAGAAACGACAACAUUUUUAGAAUCGGAUGAUGAUGCGAGUAGUCGUAUUACAUCGACAACAGGUCGUCAUACUAAUAUGAGUAGUGCAGUUGACAGAGCAACUUUAGAUCGACGUAGACCUCAAAGAAGAAGAAGACACAGAUUACCUCCUAUGUCUCGAACUUCUUCAUUUAGCAGUAUCACAGAUAGCACAAUGUCUUUGAAUAUCAUAACGGUCUCAUUAAAUAUGGAUACUGUAAAUUUCCUUGGAAUAAGUAUUGUUGGUCAAAGUAAUAAGGGUGGAGAUGGAGGAAUUUAUGUUGGAUCUAUAAUGAAAGGGGGAGCUGUAGCCUUAGAUGGCCGAAUAGAACCCGGUGACAUGAUUCUUCAAGUUAAUGACAUUAAUUUUGAGAACAUGUCUAAUGAUGAGGCGGUAAGAGUUCUACGUGAAGUCGUCCAAAAACCAGGACCAAUCAAGUUAGUUGUUGCUAAAUGUUGGGAUCCAAAUCCGAAAGGUUAUUUUACCAUACCAAGAACAGAGCCGGUGCGUCCUAUAGAUCCGGGUGCAUGGGUGGCACAUACAGCAGCUAUACGAGGCGAAGGUUUCCCACCUCGUCCACCAAGUGCAACAACAUUAACAUCCACAUCGAGUAGUCUUGCUAGUACUCUACCAGAUACAGAACGACCACUAGAGGAACUUCACCUUACCAUUAAUACAGAUAUGCCAACAAUAGUACGUGCUAUGGCACGUCCAGAUUCGGGUCUAGAAAUUCGUGAUCGCAUGUGGCUUAAAAUAACAAUUCCGAACGCAUUUAUUGGGGCAGAGGUUGUUGAUUGGCUUAGCACACACGUAGAAGGAAUUAUUGAUCGUCGUGAAGCCAGAAAAUACGCAUCAUUGAUGCUAAAAGCUGGAUUCAUCAGACAUACUGUGAAUAAGAUCACGUUUUCUGAACAAUGUUAUUACAUAUUUGGUGAUUUGUGUUCUGCUAUGAGCAGCAUGAAAUUGGACUGUGACACGGUUGGACCUUUACCACCUCCUAAUGCUUGGGACAUGCCUUACUCAGGGACAUAUGCACCUCAUUCUGCGACUGGUUACAGUCCAAUGCCAUUUAAUUUUACUAACGAACCAACUGUAUAUGGAUAUCAUAGAGAAGAAAGUGUUCAUAGUGGUUCAGGUGGUAGCAGUGCAGGUAGUGAACAUAUUUGUAAGGAACCUAUCCACGACUUGAAGUCUUGUUCUUCAGCAUCUGAAUCGGAAUUACAUAUCCCAUCUGUGCCAAGUAUGCCAAGUAAGAAUUCUGGUAAUGGGAAUGGUUCGAAUGGUAAAAGGUCUAAUGGAAGCCAUAGUCGGUCCAGUGGGUCCGAGCAAUCGGUACAGACAGGAACUGGUUCAGGAACUCAACAAAAUCAACAAGACUUAUCUGGGUGACGUAUGCACGAAGAAUGUCGCACGCGGACAAGUAAUUUGGACAACAAUACCAGAGAUAAUAUUUGUGAGUGUAGUUUUAUUUUCAUAUUUACUUUGACAUUCCAUUAAAGAAUAUAGAAUGAUUACAAUUAAAAGGUUUGGAUAUUUGUGUUAAAAUAAUCUCGGUACAGACCGUUAUCUUGAAAUCAAACGAUUAUUUUAAAAUUUACAGAGAGGGUAGUAUUCUUUCGACGAGAAAAAAAAACAAACGAACGAACGAGCAAACAAACAAAAUUUCUUGCACCGUUGAUGUUUAGCAUUUGAUAUGUUUGCAUUUGUAUUAUUAUUAUUAUUAUUAUUAUAUACACUUUGAUAGAUUAUAUUUAUGAAUUAUCAUUGCACAAACAUAAUUGCAACAGAAUGUGUGUGUAUUUAAGUGUAUAGCGCCCUUUUAGUGCAGUAGAUAUGGGACAUUACAUACUUUGGAACAUGAAAUAUUUUUAUUCUUUACAGAUGAAGAAGACAUUUUGGAGUACCAGUUUCUGCAUAAGUGAAGAUAUUUGUUAUAUCGUAAUACGUAUACGCAAUGACAUUAAUAGACGUAAACAGGAAGUUAUGAUAUAAUUCUACGUCGUUUUAUUAAGUGGACGGAAGUAGCACACGCGAAACAUAUGUUUAUAUAUUUAAUAGGCCAAUUUUGAUAAAAUGCUGUAGAAGGUAAAAUGUCCAAGCUCAUGUAAUAACGGUUUAUAAUGUCUAUACAUAAUAGAGUUAAGGUAAUUGGAAUCUCUAUGUGACAAAUGUGUCCUUUUUUGAAAUGUUGUUACGGUUUGUGUUAAUUCAUACAAAGCAUUUGCAAUACUAGGGGUUGUAUUAUUUAUGCAGUAUUUUCUAUAUACAUAUACGCGCAUAUGCGUAUAUAUAUUUAGAGAAUAAAUAUAUAUAUUACAAAUUACUGCAAAUACGUGCAGAUCGAUAGAGCUUAUUAAUUUUUGUAAGUACAUCCAGUAUCGGCUCCUCUGUUUAAUAACGCAUUUGAAAAAUCUCAUAACUUUCAUUAAUCAUUAUUAAUAAUUAUACUUUUGUAGCUUUCCAUUAUUAGAGUAAUUUUUUUUCAAAUUAUUUCAAAUGCUAUGUCUCGUUAAAUCUUAGUUAUUUUCUUUUUCAAUUUAUAAACAAGGGGAGAUUUUGGAAGUAAAAUGAUAAAAAAAAAACAUUUGAUAAAUUCACGAAUACAACUAUGUAUAAACUGUUUGCAUAUACGACAAUAUAAUUAACGCCCAUCGUAGAAAAAAAAUUGUAAUAAAACAGAAGUAUCAAAUUUAUAGAAUGUGAACGGACGAUUUAUACACCUAUAAACGAUAUUUUUUCCAAGAUGGAAAACAUCUUGUAGCAUUAAAAUUAAUUGUGAUAUUACAACAAUUUCGAACUGAUUUCAAAAGUGCAACAAAAAGAAUUAGUUGCAAUGAAAUUAAAGAAAAUAUUUCGGACUAAUCAAUGUAGCCAGCCCUUACGUACAUAAGCAUACACACAGCAAACAGCAGACACACUUCAUUCCGAUUUUUAAUGAGUCGUAAAAGUGAUUUUUUAAGUGCGCAUACUGAAAACUCGUGGAAAACUCACUUAUAUGUAUACGCAUAUAUAAACACAUAUAGAUAUACAUAUUAUAUUUAUUUAUAAAGGAAUGUAUAUAAAUUUUUUAUUGUUUUUACCUAAAAUUCUUUAUGUGUAUAACUUGCGUGGAAACAACUCGUGCGUUUUUCAACCGCUGUGAGUAUUACGUAAUAAAGUAAUUAACAUUAACAA